AUGCACGGCAGGAGGUUUAAGGUGGUGCAGGUGUACGCCUUAAUCAUUGUGCUGGACCAGAAAGAGCACGCUGUUUUCCAGAGACAAGAGGAUAAUUUGGUAAUGAAGAUGAAGAUCAAACUCGCUGAGGCUCUGUGUGGUUUAAAGAAGACUGUUUUAACAUUAGACGGCAGAGCGCUCAUCAUCAACUCAUCACCAGGUGAAGUAAUCAAGCAUGGUGACAUCAAAUGUGUUCAGAGUGAGGGCAUGCCGGUUUACAAGGAGCCUUAUGAAAAGGGACAGCUGAUCAUCAAGUUCCAGGUGGAAUUCCCAGAGAAACAUUGGCUCCCAGAACAUCUCAUGUUCCAGCUGGAAAGACUUCUCCCUCCCAGGGAUGAUGUGAUGAUCACUGAUGACAUGGAGGAGGUAGAACUCAUUGAGGUGGAUGAGCAGUCGCAACAGAAAAGCUACAGCAGGGAAGCUUAUGAGGAGGAUGAAGAAAGUCCCAGAGGCGGAGUGCAAUGUCAGACUCCGUAAUU